GGGAGAGCCGGAGGCCGGCGGUCGCCCCGCCCCCCGUGAGUAGUGACCGCUCGCCGCCGUCGCCGCGCCGCACUAGGGGUUUCUGCGCCGCCGCUCGCUCACCUGCGUCCCCUGCCCGCCCCUCGGUGCGCGCCGGGCCCGCCCGCCUCCCAGUGCCAGCCCGGCGCUGCGACCCGCCGCCCCCGCCCGCGCACCCCGAGCGCCACCAUGAACUCGCUCUUCAGGAAGAGAAACAAAGGCAAAUACAGCCCCACCGUGCAGACUCGGAGCAUCUCUAACAAGGAGCUGUCAGAGCUGAUCGAGCAGCUGCAGAAGAAUGCCGACCAGGUGGAGAAGAACAUCGUGGACACGGAGGCCAAGAUGCAGAGCGACCUGGCCCGGCUGCAGGAGGGCCGACAGCCCGAGCACCGGGACGUGACCCUGCAGAAGGUAUCAGACUCGGAGAAGCUGCUGUAUGUGCUGGAGGCGGACGCUGCCAUCGCCAAGCACAUGAAACAUCCGCAGGGAGACAUGAUUGCCGAGGACAUCCGUCAGCUGAAGGAGCGCGUGACCAGCCUCCGUGGGAAACACAAGCAGAUCUACAACCUGGUGGUGAAGGAGGUCGACCCGCAGGUCAACUGGGCGGCGCUGGUGGAUGAGAAGCUGGACAAACUGAGCAGCCAGAGCUUUGGGACGGACCUGCCGCUGGUGGACCACCAGGUGGAACAGCACAAUAUCUUCCACAAUGAGGUCAAGGCCAUCGGGCCCCACCUGGCCAAAGAUGGGGGCAAGGAGCAGAACAGCGAACUCCAGGCCAAGUACCAGAAACUGCUGGCGGCAUCGCAGGCUCGCCAGCAGCACCUGAGCACGCUGCAGGAUUACAUGCAGCGCUGCACCAACGAGCUGUACUGGCUGGACCAGCAGGCCAAGGGCCGCAUGCAGUAUGACUGGAGUGACCGCAACCUCGACUACCCCAGCCGCCGGCGCCAGUAUGAGAAUUUCAUCAACCGGAACCUGGAGGCCAAAGAAGAGAGAAUUAACAAGCUGCACAGCGAGGGUGACCAGCUGCUGGCCGCCGAGCACCCCGGGAGGAACUCCAUAGAGGCACACAUGGAGGCCGUGCAUGCAGACUGGAAGGAGUACCUGAACCUGCUCAUCUGUGAGGAGAGUCACCUGAAGUACAUGGAAGACUACCACCAGUUCCACAAAGACAUGAAGGAUGCCCAGGACCUGUUGCACAAGGUGGACUCGGACCUGAACCAGAAGUACAACCCCGACUUCAAGGACCAGUACCAGAUUGAGUUGCUGCUGCGGGAGCUGGACGACCAGGAGAAGGCUCUGGACAAGUACGAGCAUGUGGUGCGGAGCCUGCAGAAGCGAGGCCAGCAGGUUGUGCCCCUCAAGUACCGCCGGGAGACCCCGCUCAAGCCCAUCCCCGUGGAGGCGCUCUGUGACUUUGAGGGUGACCAGGGCCUGAUCUCACGGGGCUACAGCUACACCCUGCAGAGCAACAAUGGGGAGAGCUGGGACCUCACGGACAGCGCAGGGAAUAAGCUGACUGCCCCCGCCGUCUGCUUCGUGAUCCCCCCGACUGACCCCGAGGCCCUGGCUCUGGCGGACAGCUUGGGUGGCCAGUACCGGAGCGUGCGGCAGAAGGCAGCCAGGAGCAGGAGCGCACUCCAGCAGCGGCAUGAGGUGCUGAAGAAAGAGAAUCCUGGAGAUGCCUCUGAUCUUCAGGGGCGGCAUCUGCUGGCUGGCUUGGACAAGGUGGCCAGAGAUCUGGACCGGCAGGAGAAGGCUAUCACAGCGAUCCUACGGCCGCCACUGGAGCAGGGCCGGGCUGUGCAGGACAGUGCCGAACGGGCCAAGGACCUUAAGAACAUCACCAAUGAGCUGCGGCGGAUUGAGCCCGAGAAGGUGCGCAGCAUAGCCGAGUGCGAGGAAUUCGUGCAGGCCCUCCCGGGCAGCGGCACCACCCCUUUGCUGAAGACCCGGGUGGAGGACACCAACCGCAAAUAUGAGCGCCUAGUGCAGCUGCUGGACUUGGCCCAGGAGAAAGUGGAUGUGGCCAACCGCCUAGAGAAGAGUCUGCAGCAGGGCUGGGAGGUGCUGGCCACCUACGAGAAGCAGCUGACCCAGGACGACACAGUACCUGAGAGUGGCCGCGCCCUGGACAGCAAGAGGCAGGAGCUGGUGACCCUGGCCUCCGAGCUGCAGGCCCAGAAGGCCCUCCUCGCUGAGGUGGAGCGGAACCUGCAGGCAGCCAAGCAGUGCUCCAGCUCCCUGGUGAGCCGCUUCCAGGAGCACUGCCCGGACCUGGAGCGCCAGGAGGCCGAGGUGCUCAAGCUGGGCCAGCGAUCAGACAAUCUCCGCCAGCAAGCUGAGCUCAGGGCCCAGAGCCUGCAGAGCGCCAAGGCUGCGUAUGAGGACUACCGCAGUGGCUGCGACCAUGUGCUCCAGUUCUUGUCCCACAUCCCCAGCUAUGAGCCCCAGGAGACAGACAGCCUCAGCCAGAUGGAGACCAAGCUGAAGAAUCAGAAGAACCUGCUAGAUGAGAUAGCAAGAAGGGAGGAGGAAGUCCACACAGUCUGCGCGCACUCCCAGCAGUACCAGCAAGCUGUCAAGGACUACGAGCUAGAAGCAGAGAAGCUAAGGUCCCUUCUUGAUCUGGAGAAUGGAAGGAGCAGCCAUGUGAGCAAGAGAGCCAGGCUCCAGUCCCCUGCUGCCAAAGUGAGGGAAGAGGAAGCGGCUCUUGCUGCCAAGUUCACAGAAGUUAACGCCAUCAACAGACAGAGGCUGCAGAAUCUGGAGUUUGCUCUGAGUCUCCUGAGACAGCAGCCGGAGGUGGGAGCGAGCCAUGAGAGCCUGCAAGGGAGCGCACCGGGCUCCACAGCGGAUGAGACGUGGAAGGUUCAAAAGGAGCUGGAUGAGGAGAUCGAGCGGCGGCAGCAGCUGGAGAAGGAGGUCAAGAGCGCUCAGGAAGAAAUCCAGACUCUGAAGCAGCGGAGCCCCCAGGAAGCGGUGGUGAAGAAGGAAGUGCUGAAGAAGGUGCCAGACCCUGCCCUGGAGGAGAGCCUCCAGCAGAUGCAGCGGAGCCUGGGCGAGGAGCAGCACAAGAACCGGCAGCUGCAGGAGGAGCUGGAGGCGCUGCGGCGGCGGCUGCGCAUGCUGGAGCAAGAGACGGGGGAUGGGGGGCAGGAGUACGUGGUCAAGGAGGUGCUGCGCAUCGAGCCGGACAGAGCCCAGGCGGACGAAGUCCUGAAGCUGAGGGAGGAGCUGGAGGAGCUGCGGCGGCAGAAAGGCACCCGGGAAGCAGAGGUGGCCCUCCUGCAGCAGCGCGUCGCAGCCCUGGCCGAGGAGAAGAACCGGGCGCAGGAGAAGGUCACCGAGAAGGAGGUGGUGAAGCUGCAGAGCGACCCCCAGCUGGAGGCGGAGUACCGGCAGCUGCAGGAGGCCCAGCGGCGGGAGGGCAAGCUCCGGGAGGAAUGUGAGGAGGAACUGACCUUCCUGCAGGACAAGCUCAAGAGGCUAGAGAAGGAGCGGGCCAUGGCUGAGGGCAAGAUCACCGUGAAGGAGGUGCUCAAGGUGGAAAAGGAUGUGGCGACCGAGAGGGAAGUCAGCGACCUCAAACGCCAGUAUGAGGAUGAGGAGGCCAAGGCUCGCGCCAACCAGAGGGAGAAGACAGAGCUGCUCCGCAAGAUUUGGGCCUUGGAGGAGGAAAACGCCCGAGUGCUGGUGCAGGAGAAGGUGCGGGAAAUCGUGCGGCCGGACCCCGAGGCCGAGAGGGAAGUGGCCGACCUCCGCCUGGAGCUCGUGGAGCAGGAGCGCAAGUACCGGGCGGCCGAGGAGCAGCUGAAGAGCUACCAGAGCGAGCUGGAGGCACUCCGGAGGCGGGGCCCCCAGGUAGAGGUUAAGGAGGUGACAAAGGAAGUUAUCAAGUACAAGACCGACCCUGAGAUGGAGAAGGAGCUUCAGAGGCUCCGGGAGGAGAUUGUGGACAAGACGAGACUCAUUGAAAGGUGUGAUUUGGAAAUCUACCAGCUGAAGCAAGAGAUCCAGUCCCUGAAGGACACCAAACCCCAGGUGCAGACCAAGGAGGUGGUCCAGGAGAUCCUCCAGUUCCAGGAAGAUCCCCAGACCAAAGAGGAAGUGCAGUCCUUGCGCACCAGGCUGUCAGAGGAACAGAAGAAACAGGUGGAUCUGGAAAGGGAGAGGGCCUCCCAGGAGGAGAAGGUCAGGCAGAAGGAGGAGGAGCUGUCCCAGGUGAAGGAGAAGGUGGUCCAGCAGGAGGUGGUCAGGUAUGAGGAGGAGCCCAGCCUGCGCGCGGAGGUGAAUGCCUUCACCGAGAGCAUCGAUGUGGAGCUGCGCCAGAUUGACAACCUCCGUGGGGAGCUGCGGCGGCUGCAGCGCAGGCGCGCGGAGCUUGAGCGGCAGCUGGAAGAGUUGGAACGGGAGAGGCAGGCGCGCAGGGAGGCCGAGCUGGAGGUGCAGCGCCUGAAGCAGCGGCUGGCCGACCUGGAGAAGGAGGAGGGGGAGGCCCGGGAGAAGGUGACCCUCAAGCAGAAGGUGGUGCUACAGCAGGACCCCCAGCAGGCCAGAGAACACUCUCUGCUCCAGGUCCAGCUGGAGGAAGAGCGGCACCGGCGGCAGGUCCUGGAGAGCGAGCUGGAGACCCUGAAGAAGAAGCUAGUGAGCCUGGAGCAGAUGGAGGUCAAGGAGAAGGUGGUCUUCUCUGAAAGCAUCCAGGUGGACAAGGGCGACACGGAGCAAGAGAUCCGGAAGCUCAAGAGCAGCCUGGAGGAGGAGAGCCGGAGCAAGAGGGACCUGGAUGCGGAGGUGAGCCGGCUGGAAGCCAAGCUGUCGGAGCUGGAGUUCUACAACUCCAAGUCCUCCAAGGAGCUGGACUUCCUGAGGGAAGAGAACCACAGGCUGCAGCUGGAGCGGCAGAGCCUACAGCUCGAGACCCGGCGGCUUCAGUCAGAAAUUGAAAUGGCGUCAACAGAAACACGAGACCUGAGAAACAUGACGACGGCGGACUCUGGAAAAAACCUGGACUCCAGACUGUGGUCCCUGGAGAGAGAACUGGACGACCUCAAGAGGCUCUCCAAAGACAAAGACCUCGAGAUCGAUGAGCUGCAGAAGCGCCUGGGCUCCGUGGCCGUCAAGAGGGAGCAGAGGGAGAACCACCUGCGGCGCUCCAUUGUGGUCAUCGACCCUGACACAGGCCGGGAGCUGUCCCCGGAGGAAGCCCACCGGGCCGGUCUCAUCGACUGGAAUAUGUUUGUCAAACUCCGGAGCCAAGAGUGUGACUGGGAGGAAAUAUCAGUGAAGGGCCCUACCGGAGAAUCCUCCGUGAUCCACGACAGGAAGUCCGGCAGAAAGUUCUCCAUUGAAGAGGCUCUGCAGAAAGGAAGGCUGACCCCAGCUCAGUACGACCGCUACGUCAACAAGGAAAUGUCCAUCCAGGAGCUGGCUGUCCUGGUGUCUGGGCAGAAGUAGGCACAGCCUGGCCCUCCGUCUUCUCAGAAACCUACCCCGUACCACUGUGUCUUCUCCCUGGCCCUGUGCGGGCUGCUGACCUGUGCAGAGCUGAGCACGUCCCCCAAGCCCUCGCUGUCCCUCAACCUGGGGGAGGGACCACUUCAUCCUCUGAUGAUCAGACAACCACGAUGCCCCUCUUCUGUCCCUUUUCCUACACACCUCCAUCAGUAGUCUCCUCGUGUGACAUCUGGAAGCAAUCCGAAAAACUACUAAAGCACAUGACACAUGACAACUGCAACAGGCAAGCCCACUCCAAGGACCGGCUUUCACACCCCAGGUAGGGAGACUCUCAGGCAAAAAGGCCUCCCUCCCUGACACCUUUCCCUACAUCAAAGGACUGGGCCCCUCAGGGAUGCUGACCUGCAUUCACAUGCCCCCUCUGGGUUCUGGCUGACAGCAGACUUUCUGUCAGCGGCCUCCUGGUGAGAGAGAUCCAGGUUCUAGGCCAGAAAAGCUGCAAAGAAACCAGAACAACGCCUGGCCUUCAGUGCUCGAGUGAAGGUAAACUGUCAGCCAGACUGUCCCAGGAAAAGGUACCAUCAGAUAAGGUGUUGUGGUUCUGAAGUUAAAGUAUUUUCAUAAAGAACUGCGUUGCUGUUAGCCUUAGUUUCAGUGCCUUACAAGUCUUCUUACCAGCUCACUGGUAUUUAGGUAUACUAACUAUACACUUGAUUUUUCACCAAAAGAAUUUUAGGUUCUCUGUUAUCUCAUGUAUUAUGUAAGAAAAUGGGACUAGGGAACUCUAUUUAUAGUGCAAAAAUAAAAACCUGGUGGCUUCAUUCUAA